AUGGAAAACAAGCUAAUUUUCGAAGAAGCAACAGAAUGUCCAAUAUGCUUAGAAACGUUUCAUUUACCAGCUUCAACUCCAUGCGGGCAUAAUUUUUGCAUUGAAUGCAUGCAAAAGCUGUUAAAGCACCGCUUUUAUAGAAUGAAGUGUCCUAUAUGCAGAUCGCUUAUUCCAAAAUCUGGAUAUAAAUUAAACAAGUUGCUUGAUGAAUUAUUGUCAGUUAUUAACCCAACUGGAUCUUCGAAAAAUAAAAUCAAUGAUAUUAACUUUUUAGCUCAGAACCGCAGAAAAAAUAUGUUUCAUGUCAGAAAAAUAAUUAUGCUACUAGCUAUAGUGAUGGGUUUUAUAGUUGCAAGGAAGAACAUUUCAAUAGCGUUUAUAAAUAAACUAUGAUUUAUUUUAUCCAAAUUCUCGUCUAUUGUUGCAACAGUUUUAUUUGGGCAGUAUGCAGUUUUUGGUCAGAUGUUUAUAUCGAACUUUAUUAGUAUUGUGUUUAGAUCAAGCAUAGUUUGGUAA